CCGUUAGCGAUCGAAAUCGUUAAAGGACUUUGAAAUAGUGAGACUAAAACCAAAUUAGUGUUUUUUUUUUGCCGAAUAUUCUUUACUACUCAGGUUUAUCUGUGAUUCUCGUGUGAUAAUAAUCGGUAACGCGCAAUGAACGCCAGAUCUCAAAUUUUCGAGCUGACCGUCGAAGGGAGGCAAGCGGACGAGGCGGUCGCCAGCAUAUUUCACACCGUAUUGUUCCAUAGAUGUUUAGGUAAAUUCAUGUACGGCAACGAAAGCAGCUAUUCGGUGAGCACCAUAGGGUUCACCGACGUCGACUGCGACUUCAUCGAUUUAACUUACGUGUGCUGCUCGUCCGCGUCUUUGAAUCGCGUCAUCAAAAACGAAAUCAGUAAUUUCUCGGAGCAAUUGCGCAGCAACGAGGGCAACGGCAUGGGCCAGAUCAGUCUGGAGUUUUUCCAAAAGAAACCGAGCCGGUACCUGUUUUUGCAGCCCGAGUGCAUACCGUGGGAGGUGUGGACCGUCAGACUGGAAUUGAUCAGCUUGAACAACGAAAGCGAACGGCAGGUUUGCAGGGAACGGGUGGGGGAACUGCUGACCGACAAGGUCCUCUACAUAACCGAGGUGAUGAACAGGCACGAUUAUUUGCCCAAGAUGCCCGCCAGGAGCGAGUUGGAUUUAAUUUUCGACACUUCGUUUCCGGACGUCCAACCUUACUUAUUUAAAGUGAACUAUUCCAUAUCGGGGCCGUCGAGCGGCGCCUCCGUCAGCUCCACCAUGAGGAAGUUCAUCAAAGAGACUUUGGCUUUCUAAUGCACCCCUAUAAGUUACCUCUCGCUUGUGUUAGCGCAGAUCGGUAUCCGUGCCCAGAAAAAUUCGGGACCCAAACGUUUGUUGUCACGGCUCGAUAUAGCCUUCAGCUAAGGCAACCGAGACGGCAGAUGGCGGUAGCCGUAGGGCCUCUUUAAAGAAACGUCACUCCAACGCGAGUACUUCUCACAUUCACAUUCACAUUCUUAUUCCCUUACGUAGAAAUAUUACAUGCACCCUCAUGGGUAAUAUGGCAUUUGCUCAGUAUUCAGUACUUCUCUGACGGGCUACAGAUUUCGUGGACCUAUUUCGCUGCCCUUUUAUUAGAGUUUCGGUCAUAAUUUGAAGGGAAUUAUCAACCUUGGCCGCAGGUUUCUUACACUUACACUUGUAAUGGCGGAUUUUGCUCAUCCAAGAAGCCCCCGAAGAUAUUUUUGUGUCCAGAUAAUCGGCAAAUGUUGUAAGUGUCUAUUUCUUGAGCGUAGUGGUCCCUUAGGGAUGCCACGAAAACCACAUAAUAACCAGGGGUGCACUAGAAGAAUGCUUUAAUUAAACCAUUUCAAAUUGCCUUUCCUACAAAACCCAAAAUUCUUUUUUUGCAUUUCAAUGCAAUAGUCGACUAAUUGUUUCUCCAAACCCUUAGGCAAAACUCUGUUCCCAACCAAGGACGCUUUUACAAGAUCCUCUGCACUUCUGUUGUCUUUCACAUAUUUUUCAGUGGUUCCUAAAAUUGAAAAAAAAAAUUCCUUAUAAAAGCCAAUUUCAAAAUAAAUGUUAUCAAUUUUAUAGUAAUAUUUCCCGUUUUACUCCAUAAGAAUACAAAUAUUGGUAACGUUUGUAUGGGAUAUCCCAUUAUAAAUGACCAAAUCGAUAACUUUGUUAAUAUUGAUCCUACAAUGAAAUUUAAGUUAACAACACUUUUCAUAAACCUACCGAUUCUGGGUUUAAAAAUAUAAAAUGAAGUUUUAUCUGUCAAAUUUUGACAUGUAUUAAUUUUUUUAAAAAUUGAAUACCCUGUAUUCGAAUGUGUCAAUCGAUUGCAUUGGUUCUCCGGAUUUCAAAUAUUGGUGCUAGGGUUGUUUUUGACAGAUUUCAAAUAUUUAAAUUAGUCAUGAAAAUUAAAUUAGUUGCUUUUUUUAUAUAUAUCAAAAAAGUUUGUUUGUUGUAUAAUUUUUCUGUUGCGUAAUAUUGGGCAUUAUGACAUUUUCAGUUAAACAUAUUUUGCUUAUAACAAAAAGAAAUGUUCCAUACUUGAAUAUUCUCAAAAAACGUCCUUAUUUCAAACUUCUUGAAUUCUUUCUAACAUAAUGCGUCAAAACUCGAGGCUUCUCUGUCUGAUUCGAUCAAUAAGAUGUUGAACUUUUGUCAACUUAUGAGCGUGCAUUUUAUGUGUCUUUAAAAUCGUUCAAAAAUUUUCAAAUAUAAGUUAUCCGUUUGGUAAUUUAUAAUGGGACACCCUGUACAUACCGGUUACAUUUGUACACUUACUCUCAUAAAAAACCGAUACGGCUUGAAAAUUCCAUUUUAUAUGUUGAGCAUCAGGCAGUCAUAUCACAUUUUGGCAAAAGAUGGUUUGUUUUGAGGGGCUCUAAAGGCAGGUUUGCGCCAACAUUUAUAGUAAUAAAAAUCAAUUGGCAUAUUUUUAAUAGUUAAUCUUAUAAAUGCGAAAUGAGAAUAGUGCCGAAUGUAGGGGUCAUACCAUAAGAGACAUCAUAUUUCUUAGGAUUAGUGGAUACUUUUCUGCACUGCACCUGCAAAUCGGUAGUGUCAUACUGCUUACCACACACCUUAGGUAUUGUAGGACCAUCCCUGCGUCACACAAUAUUAUUUAUUCUUAUUUAUUAAGUUAGUUUUUUAAAAAAUGUUCCAGUAUCGAGUUUCGACCUUGUAAAUGCCGUUCUUCCGAUUGUUAGUAUUUGGUUUGGAUAUCACGGUUCGUUAGUCGGGUAGGUUUGUCCUUGCACAUUAGGAUAACGCUGUAAAUAUCGUAUUCCGUUCGCUGCCUAGCCAGAACUGAGACACGCGGCUCCGACACUUUCAAUUCUUCACAAGUAUGUAAUCGGUAGUGUGUGUGCAAUACGCUUCGCGGAGGUUCCGCAAAUUUGAGAUCUUGCUCUACCAUACCAGUUACGCAACGCGCAUAUUGUUUUAAAACGUUUGUGUACACUUUAAUAUUUAUGUAUAUGUGGAUAUAAACGAUAGGUUAGGGAUACGAGGGAAGGCGGUGCGAUGUCAAAUUUUGGCGAAGGCGCUGGGAAACAAGAUGUUUCGUUUGGGACCAUUGAUUUUUUCGUUUAAGCGGAGAAUUUUCGAAUCAAAGAUGGAGCGAGCCGCAGGGUGGUUUAAAAAGUGCCUUGGCGAAAAUUUUUCACUUGAUUAGUUAGUUGUUUUUGUUUGACGCGUAAUUUUGUGGUUUAAAAUGUUAGUUCGUUUUGAGUUUUAGUGUAAACGUUAGAUUUUUUUACAAUAUAAACUUAACAAUUAUUGUAAAUAUUGUAAAUAAUUGUGCAUAGGAGUUAGCGAUUAAUUAAUAUAUACAUGUUGUGAUUUUAAGUAAAU